AGAGCACUUAGCAAGGCUUCUCACACACUCAUGACACUCUCUGCAACAGGUGAACUAACUCCCUCGUGCAACACACACACACACGCGCACACACACACACACACGUGCGCGCGCACACUGCAGCUAUCAUGGGGAAUCAACAGCAAUCAUGUCGCAUAAUCGUCCCAGUUGCCAUGUUAUUAUUGGCGACUGUUGGCAUUUUUCUGCUCGCCAUCAACAUCGAGGACGUGAAGGAACCCCCACAGUACAUGUAUGGAAUCGUCCUGGAUGCAGGAUCCUCCCAUACAGCCAUGUUUAUCUACAAAUGGCCUGCGGACAAACAGAACGACACCGGCAUUGUCAGCCAGCACAGCGAGUGCCAUGUAAAGGGUGGAGGCAUAUCGAGCUAUGCGGGUCAGAAAAACGGAGCUGCACGAAGCCUGGAGACCUGCAUGGAGCAGGCUUUGGAGGACAUUCCCAAGACGAGGCAUCAGGUCACGCAUUUGUAUCUUGGAGCCACAGCUGGCAUGAGACUCCUGAACCUUUCAAAUCCCAAAGUGUCAGCUGAUAUUCUGAAGGAAGUAGAAGAGAAGCUGAAGAGCUAUCCAUUCCGCUUCAAAGGGGCCAGCAUACUGACAGGGCAAGAGGAGGGCGCGUAUGGCUGGGUCACUGUCAACUACCUGUUAGAGAACUUUAUAAAGUACGGGUUUGUAGGCCACUGGCUGUCCCCUGGCAAAGAGACGGUGGGUGCACUAGAUUUCGGUGGCGCCUCCACUCAGAUUACCUUCGAAACCAAGGACAAGGUGGAGGACAAAAACAACCUGAUGACGUUGCAGCUGUACGGCAAAAACUACAGCAUCUACACUCAAAGCUUCCUGUGCUACGGCCGGGACCAGAUGCUACGCCGCCUGCUGGCUUACCUGGUUCAGUCUCAGGGCACAAAUGAACUCAUAACCCACCCUUGUUACCCAGCGGGUUAUAACGUAUCCAAGACACUUGACACGUUGUUUGAUUCUCCAUGCACAGCAUCCAGCAAACCCUCUCCGUUUAACAGCGCCAAGCAGCUUAAAAUUGUAGGCUCGGGGAACUACAAUCACUGCCUGGGGAACAUGUCCCAGAUCUUCUCUUUCCAGACCUGCUCCUUCUCCAAGUGCUCCUUCAAUGGUGUUUUCCAGCCCAAUGUUUCUGGCAAGUUCAUGGCGUUUUCUGCAUUCUACUACAUUCACGCUUUCCUGCAGAAGGCCACAGGCAUCACCGUCACUUCACCCAAGCUCCUAGAAGAGGCCACAAUCACCGUCUGCAACAUGAGCUUCCAGGAGAUGCUGCAGAAAGUUCCAGAACAGCAAAGCCGACUGCAAGACUACUGCACAGCCGCGGUCUUCAUGAAGGUGCUUCUUCUGAAUGGCUACGGGUUUGAACCAAACUCCUUUUCCCACAUCUCCUUCCAGAAGAAAGCAGGGGACGCCUCGAUCGGUUGGGCUCUUGGUUACAUCCUGAACCUCAGCAGUCUCGUGCCGGCUGAGAGCGUGUCGUUGAGAAAGGCUCUUUGUCCAGGAGCCUGGAACAUGCUUGUCUUCCUCUUCACAUUCCUGCUCAUCCUAGCAGUCAUAUUUCUACUCAUGGCCAUGUGCUGGAAGAAGAAAGGAAAUGACAGUGCGCUAUAAUUGUCUGUUCACAAUGUUAUUCUUUUUAUGCACUGAAAAGGCAAAAGGUUAUUUGUGAAUUCACGAUUGCAGUAGAUCAGAUGAGGUGAGCAAAGAAAUAUACUUACUCUGGUACGACAAUUUAGCAGGAAUAUUCAGUUUAAGUUUACGAUGUGAAAAAAAACAACUAAGAUUUAGAUUUUUGUUGUUGUUGUUGUUCUUGUUCUAAUAAAUACAUUCAGGGUUAUUUUCAGUAACAUUCUAUGUAGGUUAUGUAGCACCUUUUGAAAAAGAUUUGUUUAAAGAAAUUGAUUUAAAUGAGAUGUUAUGACACUUGAAUAUUUUUAUAUUGUGUCCAGAUGUUUUAUACACUGAGGUUUUGAAAUUUUUAAAAGAAUUAGUUUUUCUAUUGAAUUCCUUCGCUCUGAAUAUGAAUAAAAAACUGUUUUCUAUA